UUGCAGAGAUGGAUGUGGGCCAUGGGGAAUUCUUAUGCUGGGCAGCUCAAGUCUGCGCGUUUUGAAGAAGCUCUCCACAAUUCUAUAGAAGCGUCUCUUCGGUGCAGUAAUGUGGUACCUCGCCCGGUAUUCUCUCAGCUCUACCUUAAUACUGACAGCCCUACAUCAUCUCCAGGUGAUGUGAAACCGAAGUUGGAGGAGCUAGACAAGGAUUUUGUUCAAAGAAGUAAUCCGCGUGGGGGCUUGAACUUCCCUAGCAGCCAGACAGUAUGUGAAGUAGAGGAAGACGAUGAUGACGAAGACAUCUCAGAUACAAGUAGUCCUCCUCUACCAUAUGCCCAGAAACCAGCUCCAGAAGGAUCUUGUACUUUGGAUGGUUUUUGCCAGGCAGGGAAAGACUUGCGGUUAUCGUCCCUCUGCAAAGAGCAGAUUGAGGUGCCUUCAGGAUUUCUUUUGGUUGGAGUAAAAACUCAAAGCCUCUCCGAGCACAUUCUUGUCUGUGCUGUGGACAAGAGGUUUUUACCAGAUGACAAUGGAAAAAAUGCACUUUUAGGUUUCUCUGGAAACUGUGUUGGCUGUGGAGAGAGAGGUUUCAGGUACUUUACAGAGUUCUCCAAUCACAUAAACCUAAAGUUGACAACUCAACCAAAGAAGCAAAAGCACUUAAAGUAUUACCUAGUGAGGAACUCCCAGGGAGUUUUAUCUAAAGGUCCCUUGGUCUGCUGGAAAGAGUCCCGAAACCGACAAUUUCCUGGUGUCGUUUCACCUGCUAAGCCACUUGCAUCUGUUUCGUUGACAUCUCCAGUAGAGAAUGGCAGCAGCAAUGGAUAUAAAACAUGUUUUGGAUAUUCAGAGAUCCAGUCUUUCACCUCCGGAAAUGCACUCACUACUCCGAUCUCGAGCACCCCUCAGGAUCUCUCUCGAAAUAAAGGCGUUGUGAAACCAUUACCUAUUCCUGGGCAUAUUGUGGGGAAGACAUUUCCUGCAGCACCAGUUUCAUAUCAAUCCCCAGAGAUGUCGAAUGGUUCUGCGAGUGGAAGUCGUGUUACGCCACUAAAUCCUGCACCUUCUCAGCCUGUUCGUCACGCAACAUCACCAAGUCCCGGUAGUGUUGCUGGUGACCAUGCAGUUCUUUCAAUCUGUGGUCCACCAAAGAAGAGGCACAGAGGCUGGCCUCCCAGCUCUCCUGUUAUAGCAGUUACUGCUCCUCCUGUCCGGCCAGUCACAAGAACAGCGUGCGUGCCACAACCUGUUUUGGGAGGCGUUUUCCAACCUCAGCCAUUGUCAGCUGCAGAGACUGUGAUUGUACCGGAAAAUCUAUUAAAUAACUCUGGAAUACGGCCUGUUAUUUUGAUCGGGCGUGGCACUUUACCGUAUUUCUAUGGGAAUGUUGGAGAUCUUGUUGUAAGCCCAUUGUUGGUGAAUUGCUACAAUUUCCAGGAAGUUGAAAAGAAGGAACUGGAUCAGAUGGGAGUGUGUAGUACCCAAUUUCUAAGCGUGGAGAACAUGAUUCUCCUUACGAUACAGUAUUUAGUGCGACUUGGUCCUGAUCAGAUACCAGUCCGUGAAGUUUUCGAGCAGAUUGUGCUUAAAGCGUUGCAGGAAUUAACAAAUAAAGAACAUAUUUUACCAAUGGCUUCCCCAGGAGUGUGUGUGUCCCAGGGGCAGCUCCCUUGGCUUGCCCGUCUGUCUGCCAGUGUUUCUCAAGAUUUGGUGCGUGUGCUGGUAACCCAGAAUACACUGGCGGAAGGCAUUUCAGAAACACUUGGGUCUCUUUGUGAAACCAAGCAGUCCCAAAAACUACCAGACUAUAUGGUAGUGAUUUGUUCCUCAAAAAUGCGUGGCAGUGAAUUUUGUGUGAUUGCAUUAGGGCAGUACAAUUCACGUGUACUUGCUGAAAGCAUGCUCACAACCGGUGAAUUUUUAAAGGAGAUCAGCUAUGAAUUGAUUACUGGCAAAGUCAGUUUUUUGGCAUCGCACUUCAAGAAUACAUCUCUUGGUGACGACCUGGACAAAUUACUGGAUAGGAUACAGCACAAGAGAGGAGAUAAUGUAAUUAUCCCUUUUCAUGGAGAUGUCAAAGAAUGCGUCUCCUCUCAGGAAGCUUCGACUAUGGUGCCUAUUCGUGGCCCAGGCUGUCACAUAGACAAUUUCCAGAUACACCAGACUCAGCUGUUGAUGGCAAGAAGACUUCUUUCCCAGGUGUGCAGUAUAGCAGACAGUGGCACACAAAGUCUUGAUUUGGGCCGUUUUCGCAAAGUUGACUUCCUCAUUUUGGUCCCUCGUUCAGAAGUGUUGGUACAGCAAACACUGCAGAGGAUAAGAUUAUCUGGUGUGCUAACAGACUUGGGUCUAGAGGAGGGAGGCUCUGCACAUCAAAGAGCAGAAAAGUAUAUCCUUCGACUCGAUGGGGAUGUCCAGGUGAAGUUUGAGGCAUUCAUGAAGAAAGUGAAACAGAAUCCAUACACCUUGUUUGUUGUUAUACAUGAUAACAGUCACGUGGAUUUAACUAGUGCCUUAUCAGGAUCUCUGUCUCACGGAGAGCCCACGCAGGGGUUGUCUGAUCGGAUUAUCAAUACCAAAGAAGUGCAAGACGCCCUGAAUCUUAUUGUACUUCAAGUCAGCUCCUUCCCGUAUGCUUUGCAGACACAGCAGUCCAGGAUAAGUCCUAGUAAUGAAGUACACUGGGUCCAGCCUGACAUUGCAGAGGAAGAAACCAAUGAGCGUACUGUUUAUUUUGGCAUAAAUGAAUACUGUAAAUCUCUUCAGUGGGGUAUAACAAGUCCCCUACUCCGGUGUGAUGAAACCUUUGAAAAGAUGGUUAUUACGCUCUUGGAAAGGUACCCCAGAUUACACAGUAUGGUGAUACGAUGCUACCUACUCAUCCAGCAAUACUCUGAAGCAUUAAUGGCUUUAACCACCAUGGCAUCACUUCGAGACCACACCACACCAGAGACUUUAAGUAUAAUGGAUGAUCUGCUUGGCUAUCCGGGAAAGGACAAGAGUGGUCACGGACACAUGCUGAUUAUCAGAGUACCUUCUGUACAGCUUGCAAUGUUGGCUAAGGAUAGACUACAGGAAGUGAGAGAUAAACUGGGUUUACAAUACCGGUUUGAAGUUCUGCUUGGUAACCCAUCUACAGAGCUGACUGUUUCUAAACACUUUGUGACUCGAUUAAAGGUCUGGAGGGGAUGUGAAAAUGAAGACUGGGUUCCAAGAACGUUUGGUGACCUUGAAGGACUUCCUUGCAUUGUUGUUCUUACUGGCAAAGACCCUCUAGGGGAAACAUUUCCUAGGUCAUUAAAGUAUUGUGACCUUAGGCUGAUCGACUCCAGCUUUUUAACACGUACGGCCUUAGAACAAGAAAUUGGCCUGGCGUGCUGCUAUGUGUUAAAAGAGGUUGUGCGAGAACAGAUAACUGCGUUGGAUCUUAGCGAUAAGGAAGGAGAUAAUUUUAACAACAUAGAAAAUGAAUCUGAUGAACUGUUUAUAGAUUUGGACAGACCUGAAAGCAACAGCAGUGCUUUCACUGGCACCUCUGGUUCCAUCGUGGAGAAUGGAGUCAGUUCAUCCAGCGCAGCAGAUGAUGCACAGAGACCGCUACCAAACCCUGCUUUCCAGAAUGCGACAAACGGCUCAGUGCAUGAGGGAACCUAUCCAAAUUCCACUGCUACAGACUUUUGUAAACCUGAAUGUGACUCUCUGGGGAACCAAAUGGCCAGCAGCACUACUUCAAAAUUAUCCCCUCCAUCACACACUCUCCAGUGGACCACCCAGUCGGGAAGAAAGAGCAGGACCACAAAUCUAGCUCUUCCUCGAAUUGUAAUUUUGUCAAGGGCUACCUACAACUUAAUGGCUUCACAGAAAAAUGGACCGUCUCCUUCAUCCAGUUUGCUCUUGCCUCAUUCGGAUGUAAGUUGGUUGAGGUCUUUGAGGCCUUCAAUGGAUAAAGACAUUAGCACUGAAGGUCUCUCCCUAUACUAUAGACAGUGGACAGCACCUAAGCACCAUCAUGCUGAUUUCAGUAACACCAGCGAACCAACAGGAAUAAGGAAUUCUUAUCCUCGGCGUCUGCUACUGGUUGGACCACCACAGGUUGGAAAGACUGGUGCUUACUUGCAGUUCCUCCGAAUACUAUAUCGAAUGUUUAUCAGGUUUCUAGAGGUAGAGGUGCAUGAUGAGGAAGAGAUCAAAACAGUAGAAGAAUGUGAGGUAGAGGAGAUGACCCAAACAAGCCAUAGCCAAUGGCCUGACAUUGAAGUUGUCCGUAGGAUUCCACUUGAUGUAACAGUGCACAAUCCGAAGUAUCGACACAUCAGUCUAAUCGCUGACCGGAUAUCACAGACCAAACAAGAAUCGGAUAUUCCCAUGAAGGCUGAUGAUGUGAAGAAGCGUAAAACCGUUUCAAUGAUGCUGACUAAAUAUGCGGCCUACAACACUUUUCAUCACUGUGAGCAGUGCAAUCAGUACAUGGAUGUUAGUUCUUUUGCACAGGUGCCUGAAUCCUCAUUGCAUGCCUUCACCUUCUCGUCUUCAAUGCUGGGAGAAGAGGUCCAGCUUCAUUUUAUCAUUCCUAAAUCAAAAGAGCAUCACUUUGUCUUCAGUAAACAAGGGAAACAUCUGGAGAGCAUGCGCCUCUCUCUGCUCUCUGAUAAACAAAAUCCAAAUGUUCUGAAGAGCCCCAUUUUCACACCUACAAGUGGGCGCCAUGAACACGGACUCUUAAAUCUCUUUCAUGCUAUGGAAGGCAUCAGCCACCUGCACAUCUUGGUGGUGAAGGAAUAUGAAAUGCAGCUGUACCGUAAAUACUGGUCCAACCACAUUAUGCUGGUGUUACCUGGCAUGUUCAACAACGCUGGUAAAGGAGCUGCCAAGUUCCUUAUUAAAGAACUUUCCUACCAUAACCUGGAGCUGGAACGGAACCGCCUGGAAGAGAUGGGUGUGAAACGUCAGUGUGUCUGGCCCCUUAUAGUCAUAAUGGAUGAUUCAUGCGUACUAUGGAAUGCACAUGGAAAGCUCCAGGAACAGUUCAGCAGCCAAUCUUCAGAAACAGACAGCACCAUCAGGAAUGUGUCCUUAAGAUAUGUUUUGCAACACAUGGAGGCAACUCCAAAGAUCAGCAACUAUGCAAUACUGGGCAUCCAAAAAUGGAACCACAAGUUAAAUACAUGUCUACCCAAACGGCCAUUUUCCAGGUGCCAUGUCCACGACUUCAUUCUUCUCAAUGUUGAUGUAACGCAAAAUGUGCAGUAUGACUUGAACAGGUAUUUCUGUGAGGAUAUUGACUUCAAUCUCCGAGUAAAUAGCAGUGGUCUCCUGAUCUGCCGCUUCAACAAUUUCAGUGUCAUAAAGAAGUAUAUUCAUGUUGGAGGACACAAGGACUUCUUUAUCAAGCCCAAAAUUACAAUCACAGAAAGCAAUGGUCCCAUUUCCCCGAUGCACUAUGUAUGUGCUCCAGACAGUGAACAGACUCUCCUUGCUGCUCCAGCACAGUUCUUGCUAGAAAAAUUCCUACAGCUAAGUUCUCACAGGCUUUUCCCAAAAGCUGUUUACAACCCAAGGAAUCCAGUGCUUGCUGUAGACUGUUACUUGAAUUUGGGACCAGAGGUGACUUUGUGCUAUGUGAGUUCCAGACCACACUCUGUGAAUAUGAACUGUGAAGUAGUGGUGUUCAGUGGUCUUCUCUUAUACCUGUGUGACUCGUUUGUCUGUGCAGGGAUGUUGAAGAAUUACAGGUUUCUUAAAGGUGCAACUCUUUGUGUCAUUUGCCAAGACCGAAGCUCCCUACGACAAACAAUUGUGCGACUUGAGCUAGAGGAUGAAUGGCAGUUCCGGCUUCGAGAUGAGUUUCAGACUGCGAACAGUAGUGAUGACAAGCCACUGUAUUUUCUUACUGGACGCCACAUCUGAGUCUUUUAUGGAAAUUAGACUGCUCAGAUCAAUCAGCAUGGAGGAAAUGCAAGCCUACCUUUGUGUCAGGGAUCAGAAGGCAGAUACUUUAACCUUCUAUCCUGCUAGGAAGAUGAUGUGAACUUGGUAUGUCAAACAUUUUAUAUGUUUUGUCAUCUGUUAUUCUCACAAAGAGGAUUUCCCAGUGAAGCUAGAGCCCUGUGAUAACUGUUUGGGCUCCAUCUUGAAAUAAUGGAGACAAAGCUCAACGAUGACCACUUGGGGUUAUAUAUUGAAUUAUGGAAAAUUACAUUUCAGUUACAAUUAUUGUUGUGGGUUGCCUUGGAAUACUGAAGAGGAAAGAUCAAUGGUGACUACUUUGGAUUCUUUCUUGAAACAUUGUAGAUGAAAGCUCUGUGAGUGAUGACUAUUUGGGUUCUAUCUUGGACUACUUGGAAUAAUUAAGAUUUUCUUAUUUUAUUUUUUAAACUUCGAUUAAAAUGCCCAUAAGCUAUUACACCAUCUUCUAUCAUGAGAACAUACUAUUUUCAUUGGACAAUUAAUUUUUCUAUUCCUUGUAUACUGCAAUCUCAGGGGUUCUAAAUGAGCAGAUUUUGGAUAACGGGGUAAUAUCUUCCUUUUUUCAGUGUCGGCUUCUGUACAUUGAGCUAUUCUAAAUAUUCACUGCAUUCGACUCCAUGGAUAGUUUAAGACUCAUCUUUAUAGAUCCUGAAUCCUUUGAGUGCUUAAAGAGUUUAACUACCUAUGAUCUAUCUAUGAUAAUGAUAAUUUUUAUCAUUGUAUCCUUGGAUACAGACUGUUAUGGAAUACAGAGGUUGGAUGUGCUGGAAAUCAGACCUUUUUGGCAUCUUUUUAUCAUUCCUUGCCACCUACCAUGGCUUUGACAGUGUGUAUACUGUCCAACCUUACCAGUUUACUUUCUGUAUGUCUACGUUUUUCAUUUGCCGUAGCAGUGAUAAUAGAAAGGUUUUCAGUUGCAGACAUCAGAUUGACCGAAAAGGGAAAUCCAUAAUGUAAAACCUGUUAUUUGUGCUUGUUUUCUUAAACUAAAGCCUCCAAUUUACUUGUGAAAACCCAAUAAUUUGAUUAAGCAUUACCAACCUGUCCACAAGUUGGAACAGAUUCUCCUAUUCUUUGGCCUUAAACAUGACUACAGAAAACCUAUUUCUGGGGAGGACUG